AUGGAAUCUCUUCUAGCUGAGGAUGAAGUGAAUCCGUUGGCGAAUUUCCAAAUUCCGGACAGGCAAGGUCCGGUUCAGAAGACGAAUCCAACGGAAUCUCAAAUGUUCGAUGGAGCCAAAAUAUCCCGCACAAAAUUGAUAAAUAUUAUGCGACUGGUUAAUUCACUUCUUCCUAAAUUGAAUACUGAUAAAACACAGUCUGAUGGAAAUUCGGUGAAAACGAAAAAGGAGGAGGCGAAGUUAGAGGGAUUCACACAAGGAAGUGAAAACGACGAUAAGAAAGAGCAAACCAGAGCAGUGUGCGUCCUCGAAAAAUCAUUCGAGCACACUGAGAAACCACAAUAUUUUGCCAGAAAUGACACGACUUCAUGA